CAGCAUCCAGUCAGUCAGACAGUAUCCGUGAAUACGCAUAUCCAAGGCCUACAUACGUACAUGGUACGUUCCUUUCACUUUCUGCACGUAUAUCCAUCAAGAGUGAGAUCUUUUUCUCUUACGGUGUAAUAUCUAACAUCAGCAACUUUUUAAUCGGACACCAUCUUAAAAAUUUGUCAUUUUUCUUUUAUCUUGCGUAUACUAUACUAAUCGUUCAUCAUGAAUCGAAUGAUCAUAAUUCUCCUUGGAAUUGUAGUUGCAACCAUUGCAGAGCAAAAAACUGCACAUGUCCAUUUGGUACCAAACAAUAUUAAAACGAGAAAUGUAACGGGAGAACUGACCCUGAUUCAAAACAAGGAUAACUCCAUUCAAAUUACUGGACAAGUACAUGGACUUACAGAAGGAUUACACGGUAUUCAUGUACACGAAAAAGGAGACCUACGAGAUGGUUGUAUGUCUACUGGUCCACAUUUCAAUCCUGAAAAUGUUACCCACGGUGGACAAGACAGCCCGGUGAGACACGUUGGCGAUUUAGGUAACAUAGAAGCAAACAAAAACGGAGAUGCUGACGUAAAUAUUAAAGAUUUUAUUAUUUCCUUUACUGGAAAGAAUAAUAUCAUAGGACGUGCGAUUGUCGUUCAUUCCGGUGAAGAUGAUUUAGGAAAAGGAAAUACUACUCUUUCUGCGAGCACUGGAAACUCGGGAGAUCGUUGGGCUUGUGGUAUUAUUGAAGCUGAAUAGCUUUCUAAUUCAUUCUUGUUCUGCUUGCAUAGUAUAUCUAAUUUUUUUUUUUUAAUUAAACAUUAUUAUCGAUUACCGGAUUGAUACUUCCAGUAGUUUCUCAGUGUACCAGUGUAGUAUCAAAAAGUGUACAACUGAAAAUAAAAAUAAUAAUAAACUAGUAAUAAACUUA